AUGAAAAUCAAUACAGACGUUGUCACGGAUCAGAUGCACCGCCGAUGCCAUCGCAUAUCACUGUCCAUCAUAUGAGACAACUAUUGCAAUGCAAUCAUAUGGUUAGACGCGGAAGAAUGUGGUCAGACCUGAGUGGACACCGAAGAAGAGAUUUAUUAGGUUUGCUGAAGAAAGUGGAGGACAACGACGGCCGCAACCAAUUGACCGCUCCUUUUGUGCCGUACGAGUUUGAAAGGCUGUUCGCAAAUCGUCUGAAGACAGCGGCAAUGUUUGGCCAGAAUAUGGUGUUUGACAUCUCUUUCGACAGCCAUAUGUCGACCUCCGAGUGCAAGAACUUAGCGGAACAGUUGAACCGUAUCUAUCAAUGGAAUCGAUAUCACGUCCGCGAAGACACACGACAUAUGCCUUUUAAUAUACAUCUCUGUAAUGUCAUCGCCGGUCACAAAACCAUCCAUUUUGUGGACUUUCUGUUCCCACACUUGACGUCCAGCGAGUCUUUUGUGAACAUAACCUCCAAAUGCUAUACCGAUGUCUUCGACAGACGAGACCUGAUAUACCUCUCGCCGCACGCGACGGAAGUGAUGACUGAAUACGAGUCAAACGCUGUGUUCAUAAUCGGCGGAAUCGUUGACCGAAACAAGUUGUUAGACCUCUCGUACCCGAAGGCCAGACAACAGAAUAUCCGUUCAAUGCGUUUACCCAUCGAUUCUGUGGUGAAUAAAAGCAAUGUUCAGUCAUUGGAUUCUGUGUUCAAAGUGUUGGUUGACUUUAAAAACGCCGGUUUUGUCGACAAUUUCGAGGCAAAGAGUUUGGCGACGAGAAUACGAAAGCAUUUGCCGAACCAUAAACUCAAAUCUGUUCAACAAAUCACUGACGAGUCGUCAACCAAACGAGAAAUGGAUAACAUUUUGAAUGAUUUGUAUGAUUCUGACCAACAAUUUGAUGAUAAUAUUGCAAAUAAAAGUUAA